AAAAGAUCUUGCUCUGGGAAUACCCCAAUCUUUUAGCUCUUCUGUCUAUUACCAUCCAAAAUGCGCCAGUUAACAGAGGAAGAGACCAAGACUCUCUUCUCCAAGCUCGCCAAUUACACCGGUCGAUCUCUCAAUAAUCUUAUCGCUCCUCCCUCUGGAUCAGAAGACGCUUCUUCAAACGAUCGUUACGUCUUUCGUCUCCAUGGCUCUCGAGUUUACUACAUCCGACUAUCGCUAGCCAAUUUGGCAACGUCGAUUCCCCGUGCAAACCUUCUUUCGCUCGGCACCUGCGUCGGCAAAUUCACCAAGACCGGGAAAUUCAGAAUCCACAUCACAGCGCUCGAUGUGAUUGCGCCGCAUGCAAGAUACAAGGUGUGGAUUAAGCAAAAUGGAGAGAUGCCAUUCCUUUACGGUGGAAAUAUUGUGAAGGCACAUGUUGGAAGAUGGAGUGAAGACUGCCCCGAACAUCAGGGAGUCGUUGUGUUUAGCAUGGAUGAUACCCCUUUGGGCUUUGGAGUUACCGCUCGAUCCACUGCUGAAGCUCGCAAACUCGAUCCUACUGGUAUUACAGUGUUCAGGCAAGGGGAUAUAGGUGAAUACUUGAGAGAGGUACUUCCCCCCCUAGCGUUUAGGUCCGAGGUAAAAUUGUGGAAUAGCAUAUUGCUAACUCAUAGUAGGAAGAUACCUUGUUUACAACCUGAAGGGAAAGAGAGAGAGCCCUGGUUGUGGGUUGCCGUUCAUUGUCUUCAUAUUUUAGAUAUAUGGUGGUUUCCGUUGGGAGUUCUGGAGUCACAGUAUUUCAAUAAAAGUCAUGGAGGUUACCUUUGGGAAAUCUGGGCUAUAGCACCCUUUCCUUUGAAAUUAAAAGUUCCUUUUCUUUUUGCCCUGAGGCACUCCCUAGGGUUUGUAUGGCAUACUCCAUAGAGUGUAAUGCUCCAAGGAAUACUUU